UAUCAAGACACAUCCACCCUCUAUCUCGCACCUGAAGACCGCCUGCGGACCAACAGAUCUAACGAACUCUCCUCGCAAUCAUGGCAAAAACAGUCGUCGCAACAGGCACUUCAUCGGGCUUGGGCUUUGAAGCAAUCAAACAGCUGCUUCAGCAGUCGGAGCCAUACAAUUUCAUCUUGGGAGUACGGGACACAGCCAAAGCUCAGGACGAGUACGACCGCCUCGACUUUGACACGAAGCAGCACACGAUUACCAUUUUCCCGCUGGAUCUCCUAUCUCUGCCGAGUGUGCAGUCGUUUGCACAAAACGUCCUUUCUCAGUUGGGUGCGCAGAAGCUCGAUUAUCUGUUCCUCUGCGCUGGCAUGCUCGAUAGCGCCGAUGGCCCUGGACCCAAUGGAUCGCCAUGGUGUUCGGGGUAUGUAGUUAAUCAUCUAGCUCAACAUUAUUUGAUUCAUUUGCUCCGUGACACUCUUUCUGUGUCACAAUCGCGAGUUGUCGUUGUUUCCUCGGGCGCCAUUCGCAAUGUGAGAGGCCAGGAUCCAGCAACACUCGAUGUAGACCUUAAGGCAAAUUCCAAGGCAGGAGUUAGGGCCGUGUACAGUGCCUCAAAGUUCGUUCAAUUACUCGGCGCAUUUUACUGGCGCCGCGAACUUCCCUCGUGCACGAUCAUUGCCGUCUCACCGGGCCUUAUCCCAAGCACCAAAUUGGCCACUGAUAUGGGCUUGUCCAUGGAUAUGCCGGAUGCGAAAAGCAUUCCCGAGGGAGCUCAAAACCUCCUUCGGGCAUUUACUGCGACCGAUAUCCCGUCGGAUCCAGAGCAGCUCUUUUUGACGAGCUGGGGGGAGUGGUGGCCGAAGGAUGUGUAUUCUUUGGCUCUUGACCAGAAGUUGCAGAGAAAAUGGUGUUUGACUAAAGAAGAGAUUGAACAGGCUGAGGGAUUGGCGUGAGUGGAAUCUGAGGCGCAUUAUGAUUCCUUGAAUGCGAUGGGAGUAUUAUAGACGAAAGCUGGCAAUAGUUAUGGAUUCC